AAUACGUUAUUAAAUAUGUCAGUGUGGAUUGUGUAAAGGAGACGCGCGUCGCCCAUAUUAAUUAAGAAUGCGACCUCCUGUACAGCGAUGAAGUGCACUUGCCGCGUGUACUAGUUUUACUCUGCAGUAGUAACAGUAGUUGUAGUGGUUGUAGUAGAAUUCGGGUUUUCAAUGAAUUAGUAUGCGAAGAGGAUCGACGCUUUUGAAGUAAUUAUGAAAUUGUGUAUAAAAACGGUUGGUUGUGGUCGAAUGUUCAUCAGUCAAUCGAGCAUUGUCUACCCAUCAACAAGAACACCAAACAAUGGCUUUCAAAUUGAUCGUCGUCAUGGUUGCCGUCGUCGCAGUGGCGCGCGCCGGAGUCCUGGCACCGGUUGCCAACGUCGCCGUCGCCGCAAAACUUAGCGACGCCGACUACGAUCCCAAUCCUCAAUACACUUUCGCCUACGACGUCCAGGACUCUCUGACCGGAGAUAGCAAGAGUCAGCACGAGACGCGCAACGGAGACGUCGUCCAAGGCCAAUACUCUCUGGUAGAACCGGACGGCACCAGGAGGAUCGUCGAUUACACCGCUGACCCCGUCAACGGAUUCAACGCCGUCGUGAGCAGAGCUCCUUUAGCGCCAGUCGUAGCUAAGGUGGCUGCUCCCGUCGCCGUCGCCCCAGCCAAGAUCAUUGCUCCCGCCCCGGUUGUUGCACCUGUCGCCGCCCCAGUCGCUUACACCUCACCUGUGGUUGCUAAAGUAGCCGCCCCAAUCACCUAUUCCGCCGCCCCGUUCGUUGCCAAGGUUGCAGCUCCUGCACCAAUCACCUAUUCCGCCCCAUACGUUACCAAGGUAGCAGCUCCCGCCCCAUUCGCCUAUUCCGCCCCAUACGUUACCAAGGUAGCCGCCCCAGUUGCGUACAACUCACCCUUCGUCACCAACGUUGCAGCUCCGGUAGCUUUCACCUCACCUAGGUUCCUUUCACCGUACGCAGCAUCCCCCUACACCACAUACCCAAUACACAGGAAACACUACGAGAUGGCCUUUAAAUUCGUCGCUUUCGCCGCCCUUCUGGCCGUCGCCAGAGCCGGAGUCCUCGCCCCGGUCGCUUACACCUCCCCAGUCGUUGCCAAGGUAGCAACCGCCCCAUUGGUUGCUAAGGUGGUAAGCGAAGAGUACGACCCGAACCCUCAGUACAGCUACUCGUACGGCGUCGAGGAUGCUCUGACCGGAGACAGCAAGAGCCAACACGAAACCCGCAGCGGAGACGUCGUCCAAGGACAAUACUCUCUCGUAGAUCCUGAUGGCACCAAGAGGACCGUAGACUACACCGCCGACCCGAUCAACGGAUUCAACGCCGUCGUCAGCAAGACCCCAAUCGCCAAAGUUGUAGCCGCCCCAGUCGUUGCCAAGGUAGCUGCUCCAGUAGCUUACACCGCCCCAGUCGUCGCCAAGGUAGCUUACUCCGCCGCCCCAGCCGUGGCCUACUCCAGCGUAUCCGCCCCAGUCGCCUACGCUCACUCUCCGCUGGCCUACGCCGCCCCAGUAGCUAAACUCGCCCACUACGCUGCCGCCCCAGUCGUCGCCAAGGCCUACGGAUACGCCGCCCCAGCUUACGGAUACGCCGCCCCAUCCUACGGAUAUUCCGCCCCAGCUUACGGAUACUCCGCUCCGGCCUACGGCUAUUCCGCCCCAGUCCUCGCCAAGGCCUACUACUGAAAACCAUGUAUAUAAUAACAAACGAACUGUAUAAAAAAGAAAUAA